CUCGCUCUCUCUUUCUCCCACAGAGCCGCUCUUCUUCACAGUCGAGUCUCAGUCAACUUCACAGCAGAGGCACAAAUAGCAGGUGUCUACAGAAGUGUAAGCUCCACUUUGCGUGUACUUAUCCUGCCACCCAGUCACUUAAGAAACAACGAAAGCUUUUACAAUGAGCUGACUUACACUGAAGUGUUGUGCCGAACGUCAUGGGGACAUCUGAGAACAUGAGGAGGUGUCUGGGGAGGGGGAAAGCUGUGGAGGUAGUGGUGGUGAUGGUGUUGUUGGUGGGCUCAGGUCUGUCCCAGGUGGUCUCCUCUCAGAGCUCCUGUCCUGGAGGAGCUGCCCCACACAGUCUGGAGCAGCCAGUGUAUGAGGAGUCUGUGAGCCCAGUGGGAGACUUCAUGGCUUCAUUUGUCCAGUCUUUUCUCAACACAGUUCAGCCCAGACCAUUUCCUAAAGAUCUAGUUCUUGAAAUUGUGCAAGAUCCCAGCAAUACAGUGACUAAUCAGGAGUUUGUUAAGGAAGUGCUGGUGUAUGAAAUCGGGUUCCUUGUGUGCGUGGCCAUUGGGGUCUUGUACAUCGUGCUUAUGCCCAUAGUUGGAUUGUUCUUGGCCUGCUGUCGCUGCUGUGGUAACUGCGGAGGAAAGAUGCAGCAGAAACAGACCUCCUCCAUUCACUGUUGCAGAAGAACGCUCUACUGGGCCACAUUCGUCACCACUGUCAUCAUACUCGCCGGGAAUAUUUGUAUGUUUAGAAGCAACGAAGCGCUCAAAGUGAAUGUGGACAACAGCAAGGUGGAGCUAAAUACAGCUGUCAGCAACAUCAACACCUUUCUCACAGCAGUGCCUCAGCAAGUCCAGUUUGUUGUUAAUGAGAGCUACGUCACUAUACAAGAAGUCACAAAUAACUUAGAUGCUAUCGGGCUCAAGUUGGGAAGAGAAAUUCAGAAACAAUUUAAAUCAACGUUCACUCCAGCUCUUCAGUCUCUGGUUACGAUGAACCAAGAGGUUGUAAAUACCAGCACCCUUCUGAACAGGCUCAACACAUCUCUCAACAAUUUGGAGUCCAACACAAGCACGAUCAAGGGAAACAUAACUGUUCUUAAAAAACAAAUAAAUGAGACCUUAUCCCGACCAGACUGUACUAACUGUGACAGUGUGAAGCCUGAACUCAACAAGCUCACAGUGGACACUUCCAUUGAUGCCCGCACUCUCGAUGACCUGCAGACAGCAAUGAAUGAAAUUAUAAAGGCUGACCUCAGUUCAAAAGUCAGAGAGGUUGAAGAGCAGUUCAAUAACAUCCCAGAGAGUGUUGCCAAUGAGACAAGGGAGGUUGUUAAACAGAGCAAGGCACAGCUGGUGGAAAUCAAAUACCAGAUAUCCAACAUGUCCGCAGAUCUCACAUUGCCCGGUCUCAAUGAUGUGUUAACUCAACUGGAGCAUCUUCAAGGAAACAUCGACAUGUACUCACCUGAAAUCAAGCAAGCAGAAUAUAUCAGGUGGUGUGUGUGUAUUGCCCUGUGCUGUGUGAUUCUUCUGGUGGUGGUGUGUAACCUCUUGGGUCUGUCUCUGGGUCCUCUGGGUCUAAAGUCCAAAGUGGAGCCAACAAAGCGCUCUUGUGUGUCCGACUGUGGAGGGACCUUCUUCAUGAUCGGCGCUGGUUUUAGCUUUAUCAUUUCCUGGCUCUUCAUGAUUUUAGUGCUGAUCCUCUUCCUGAUUGGUGGGAACGCCUAUACGUUGUUGUGUAAACCAUGGAAUAAUGGAGAAUUGUUCCAGGUCCUUGACACUGCAGGUGCAAUUCCUGGAUUUGACCUGAGUGCAACCUUAGGGGCCAACAUAACAAUUUCUAGUAUUUACCGAGACUGUGAAGAAAAUAAGCCUGUGUGGACUGUAUUUCAGCUGAGUCAAAAGAUAAACCUUGAUGACCUGCUCAAUGUAUCCAAAUACACAGAUGAAAUUAAGAAGAACUUUGAGAACACCAACAUAAACCUGCCCACUGUCAAUUUCCUCACUCAAGAAGUGAAAGACCAACUAAAGAGUUUUUCCUCAAAGGCAGACAACAUUGAUUUUGAAACUCCAGUUCAGCAGAUAAAUAACAUGUCCAAAAUUAACUUGAACACCACAGCAGACAAACUUGACCAAUUGGCAAGAAUUUAGACUACUGGUCAAACCAAAGAGGAACUUAAAGAUGAAGCCCAGAGUCUAAGAAAUAUCCAGGCUGAUAUCGAGACUGUUAUAUUUCCCCAACUGACAACCAUACUCUCAAAUAUCAAUGAGCUGAAAACUACAGUGGCAGGAAUCAAUGCCACGGUGGGGGAGGUACUAAGGAGCGUGGGAGUAGCACAAGACUUCUUCAACAAAAAUGCAACUCAGAUCGUGAAGACCGAAAGUGGUCACUUUUUGGACUGUCAGUUGGAAUACUUCAUGGCCUUUGCUGACUUUGCCAAAAAUACGAUCACUCAGGAGAUGGGUCGCUGUGGGCCAGUGGCAGGAGCUGUGGACUCUGCUGAGAUAAUUGUCUGCUCCAACAUGGUGGAGUCUCUGAAUGCCUUCUGGUUCAGCCUGGGAUGGUGCAUGAUCUUCCUCAUCCCAAGUAUCAUCUUAACCAUUAAACUGGCCAAAUACUACAGAAAAAUGAAGUACACUGAUGUGUUUGAUGAGCACAUAAACAUGAACUACAUCCCCAGGGCCCACAUGAAAUACAGUUGAAGUGGCAGCUCCAAAUUUGUCACACAGAGCUCGCAGGGUAUCAACAUGACAACAUACUGCUAAGAUUUUAUUUUAUUUUUUUCAUUUGGAUUUGUAAUAAACAGUGUAACUUUUAUUUUAUUUUAUAAUUGUCAUCCACAACAUUUUUUACAAUGCAUAUGUAUAUAUUUGGUUCUUAAUUUUAGUGUUCUUAAUUUCAAUUUUUGGUUCUUAAUUUCAAUUCCUGAUGCAGCCUUUAGCUGUAUUUGGUACUGUACACAGACUGUGAAGUCCUGAUUGUAUCUGGAAAAAAAUUCAAACUGGCCAAACCUGGGAGGUAAUUGGUACCAGUCUGUCAUACCACUUACAUUGUUCAAUGUAUUUGACUGUAAGUACUGUACAUAUUGUGUUUUUUGGUAAUACAUGUUAAAUUGUUUGCACUAUUACAAAUGAGCACACUAUGCAAUAAUUUAAGGAAUAUUUUUGUAAUGAUUAAAGUUUUGUCUGAUGUUUUGUGUGACCAACAUUAUUUUUGUACUGGUUUGUAAUUAUAGUUAAAAUAUGAUUUUUGUAUUGCAUUAAAUGAUGUGUCAUGUUUUA